UCUUCUGCUUCAUUGUUCUUCUUCAUCAAGAAUACACGUCAACUCCAGCUCUUACAUUCAGCUUUUCCUUCAAUUUCCCUCUGUCAGUCAAAUACACUUUCUUCUUUCUUUUCUCCCUCCAAUUCCUUAGCCUUCUUUUCCCCUUAAUUUUCUACGUUUUCACUUGUUGACAUUGAGCAUUUUGAGUUCCGUCUGGUUUUUCAACGGCUGUGGACUAGGUUUAAUUAAGGAUCUUGUUUUUCUGGAUGAUGUAUAGAAGGUUUUUGGUUUCAUACGGUGACAUGGAGCUACCUCUUUAAGGUUAUUGUGCCUUUUAGGAUCCUGCUGUAUGGGAAGCUUGUUAGACCUCAUUGAUUUUGAUCAAGGAGCGAUGGCAAGAAAAUUUCUUUCAAACAAAAGACAUGGUGGCUUGGAUGCUCCUAGAAAUAGCACGGAGUUUCCAGUUGAAGCUUCUCAGAGGUUCUGCGCUGGAGGGGACAACAGACAGUGCACUUAUCACAUAAUUGACUGGCCAGAAAAGAACGGUUAUGGGAACGAGGCUCCAAUGAAGAAACUGAUCAGAGAAGAAAUAGCUAGAAGACCAAACACAGGACAUAGUGCCCCUAGUGUGGUGGCCCGUCUAAUGGGAGUGGAUGCACUACCAUUAGAUACAAGAAGAUCAUCGGCAAAGCAGGUCGAGAAAAAGAAUGAAAUGAUAAAAGACAACCGUCCCAAAGAGGAAUGGUUGAGAAAGGUCUCCGUCGAUCAUGCAACACAGUCCUCCAGACAGAAAAUUUCAAAUUCCUCUAACCAUGAUGAAGCAUGUGAUUUUGACCGACAGAGUGACAGCCAAAAACUGAACAAAUUUAAACCUCGAGAACAUCCUCAGGAAGAGGAACUACAAAAGUUUAAGAAAGAUUUUGAAGCAUGGCAAGCAGCAAGGUUCAAGGAAUGUUCAAAGUUUGUUGAACUUGGCACCAGUCCAAGUCAAUGGCUAGCACAACAAAGUCUGAACAAGGAAAAGUUGACUAUUUAUGCAAAUUCAAUGAGAACCGCAGCGACUGAGAAACCUAUAGAGCUUAGAGGUCAUUCAGUAGCAGUGAAUCCCCCCGAAAGAGGCCUUUUGGAGCAUCAGAAAAAUGUAAAUGAACUCCAUGCACCUGCACUAAAUAAGGCGAACUGUGUAAGGGAAGUUACUCCAAACCCCGAUUUUCAGCAGCGUCCUCUGACAAGUUCUUACCAGGGACUUGACGUUGCUUCAGCGCCUACAAAGAUAGUAAUUCUGAGGCCUGGUCCUGACAGGAUAGGGACUAAUGACGAGUCGUGGGCCAGUUCUCCGGGCAUUUCUGAAGACAGGGGUAGCAUAGAAGACUUUCUUGAGGAGGUCAAGGAAAGACUGAACUGUGAAUUGCAAGGAAAGAGUUCCAAAAGGAUCACUACUGUCAGAGGAGGAGGAAUUGAGACCCCUUAUAGCGAAAUGUCACCAGAUGCUAAGCAAAUAGCUCAAUCUAUUGCAAAACAUGCAAGGGAGAGUGUUACUAGGGACUUAGAAAUAACAUUACCUCGAUCAGAGUCGACAAGGUCCUACAGAAGUGAUAUUCAAUUUGAUGGAACGAGUUCUCCUGAAUUCGUCAAUAGAGAUACAAGGAGAUUUUUGACAGAACGGUUGAGGAAUGUCCUCAAGCAAGAAACAUCUCACGGUACCCAUAGGCUUGCUCGUGGAAGCUCCAUUACAACGGUUCUGAAUAAAGAAAAAUGCAGUGCUGAAGAAAUCAGAUAUACUUCUAAUACGGGAGAUAAAGCCACUAACUCUGACAAUCUGAAAGAUGAAGUAGACAUGCACAGCAGAUCUUUCAGACGGGAUCCUGGCAACGAUGUAAUGCUUGAGGAGGACCUAUCUCCUAGGAACCUAAUUAGAUCCUUAUCAGCUCCUGUGUCGGGGACAUCAUUUGGAAAGCUUCUCCUAGAGGAUCGCCAUAUCCAGACAGGAGCCCAUAUCAGAAGAAAACAUGAAAAUAUUGAGAAGGCCACAGGGAAUGUCAAAAAACGUCAAAAGGAGAAAUUCAACCUUAGGCGAAAGGUUUCCAGCUUUAGUUAUAGUUUCAUACUUAAGGGCAGACUCUUUGGUAGAAAAGUUCAUUCUUGGGAGGAACCACAUGGACAAACAUACAAUCUCAUGAAAGAUUUUCCAAGUCCACCAACUGGUACACCGAAUUUUUAUGAAAGACAUGAAAACCCCACUGAAGUUCCACCAAGUCCAGCAUCUGUAUGCAGCAGUGUUAAUGAAGAAUAUUGGAGGCAAACAGACUACUUCACCCCAUCAUCGACCUCUGAUGUACAUCCACUAGAUGAUAGCGAGAUGCCUCAUGUUUUCAGAGAGAUCAGCACUAAUUUGAACGAGCUAAGGAGGCAACUGAAUCAACUAGAUACUUAUGACUCUGAGGAGACCAUGAUCGAUGAGCAGCCAGUUGAAGAGGAGAUGUUGGAGAUUGAAGACCAAGCCGAGGCAUACAUUAGAGACCUGCUUGUUGCUUCUGGUUUAUAUGAUGGUUCGCGUGAUAAAUAUAUAUCAAGAUGGGAUCCACUAGGAAAGCUUAUCAGCAACCAAGUUUUUGAAGAAGUAGAAGAGUCAUACAUACAAAAAACAAAGGAUGAAGAAGGGUAUGCAAAAGAUCAAUUACAGAAGAUAAAUCACAAGUUAUUGUGUGACUUGCUGAAUGAAGCACUUCCAAGUGUACUUGGAGGGGCUUCAACAAUGUCUCGGUUCAUGAAAAGUGCUGUCGGUCCUAUUCCACGACCUCCUCAGGGAAAGAAGUUACUUGAACGCGUGUGGGAAAUAGUUGGUGUUUAUGUUUACCCUCCAUGGGAUAGAACAUCUCAAUCCCUUGACAAUAUAGUGGACAGGGACUUGAAGUCCACUCCUUGGGCCGGAUUGGUCGAUGAAGAUGUUAAUGCUCUAGGUAAAGAUAUGGAAUGCCAGAUUAUUGGUGACCUUAUUCAAGAAAUGGUCCAGGAUAUGUUGUUAUAAUCUUUUUUUUUUCUCUUGCUCUACUUCUUUUUAUUCUUUAGUUUGACCACUUUUAUGAAGUUUUGGAACUUCUGAGUGGCCGGGGCAUAAGACAUGUAAAAUGUUUAUCUGCCCAAGUGUGUUUGAUUUACAGAAAUUGUAUGUGCAGGCUUUCUAGUGUUGGAUACAUUUGUUCAUAAUAUAUGGCUUGAUCUGGCGA